UUUCUUUGUUUCCAAUCAACUCCAACUCGCUCUUCAACUCCAACUCGCAAAGGAUUUCUCAGUGAAACGAAAUGUCUGCCCGUGGAAAUACAUCAGCUCAAAAUCGUGCAGCCAGUGCUCUCGGAGCAGCUGCAUCUUCAACUUCUGGACAACCGGCAGAAACGCCACGUGCAGCUCUGAAACGCCACGUGGCUCCGACUGAAGGAUUGGCUGUUGCUCAGAAUGACAUACACAAUUUCCUGUUCGAAUCACACGGACAAAUCUUCGAUAUGGCGAUGAUGUACGCCGAAUCGGCCGGUUUCAAACGAGAUCACCUCUCGUACGCCGCGUUCGGUUUGAUCGCAUUCUUCUUGGUUUUCGGAUCUGUGGCACGUCUUUUGUGCAAUUUGAUCGGUUUCGGGUAUCCGACGUACGCCAGUGUUAAGGCAAUCCGUUCGCCGGGAGGCGACGACGACACGGUCUGGCUGAUCUACUGGACAUGUUUCGCAGUACUGUACCUCGUCGACUUUUUCUCGGAGGCAAUUCUGUCGUGGUUCCCGUUCUACUAUAUUGCGAAGGCAUGCUUCCUGGUGUACUUGUAUCUUCCACAAACUCAAGGAUCUGUCAUGUUCUAUGAGACAAUUGUAGAUCCUUUGGUCAUUUUUGUUGAUAAGAAUCUUGAUAAGUUCUAUUAUAAUAGGUCCAACUAGAAGGCCAAUGCACACACAACGAAGUAGCGACGAACUAAACGAAAUUUUGAUGAGCCAAAAAAAAAAAGUGAAAAAUGAAUAAAUAUUCAGUUUUUGUGUG